AUGAACGGAUCACUUAGCCAGCACGAUCAAGAGAAGCUCUCUACGCCAUGCCGGGAUGGAUCGCCUAAGGAGACGGUGUAUUUGGUCACCGGGGCCAGCCGAGGCAUCGGACGAGGUCUCGUUGAAGCCUUUCUCCAACGUCCCAGAAGCACCGUGGUCGCUUGCGUGCGCAACGUUGCCACCGCUACGCCGGCGCUCUCGACACUAACCGUCGCCGAAGGCAGUCAGAUGAUUGUGGUGCAGCUGGACUGCAACUCGGAAACCGAUGCUCAGACUGCUGUCCAGACCCUUCGGGAGGAGCACGGGGUCACGCACUUGGACGUGGUGGUUGCCAAUGCGGCCAUGGCGACGAACUUUGGGCCCGCGUCCACCAUGCCUCUCGAGCAUCUCCAGGCGCACAUGAUGUCCAAGCAACAGGCCAAGUUUGUCUUGAUCGGUGCCCCGAUCAGCACCAUCACCAACAUGCACGACUAUGCACGGGCCCCACUCACGGCGUACGGAGUGUCGAAGCUGGCGGCCAACUACAUGGUGCGCAAGUUCCACUUCGAGAACAAAUGGCUCACGGCCUUCAUCGUCGAUCCAGGACAUGUCCAAACCGAUAUGGGCGACCAAGGAGCGCGGCUAAUGGGCCGUCCGCAGGCCCCAACAACUGUCGCAGACAGUGUGGCAGGCAUCUGUGCUUGGAUUGAUGAAGCGACCAAGGAGACUACAUCGGGACACUUCGUUAUCCACACUGAUGGAUCUCAACUCUCUUGGUAG